UCACGUUGCGCCUGGCCCAUGUUUUGCUUUUUUGAUCGUAGGAACCGGAUUGGUCUUAUCUGUAGCAAACUCAUUCAAAGGUGCUGGAUCAAACAAGUUUUUGGUGCUGCAUUCCUUGGUGUUGAUGAUGAGUGGGACAUCUGAUGCCAAUGCAGAGUUCUAUGAACAGCUGCAGAUGGAGCAGCUUUAUGGGAGUGCCAAGGAUGAAAAUGACUGCAAUGAUCCAUAUCAUUAUGUAGACCCAUCAGAUGGAACAGUCUAUGAAUGGGAUCAUGAGAAAAAGGCUUGGUUUCCAAAGAUAACAGAUGAUUUCCUGGCAGUCUAUCAGGCUAACUAUGGAUUUACGUCAGAUGGUGGUGAUAGUGUUUCAGAUGCACAGAAUAAAGCUGAUCCUCCGAAAACUACUGUGGACAAUCAGGAUAAGUGUGAUCUUCCAAAAGAGCCUGUUGGGUCCGCUGCUGAAAACCCUGAAGAAACAAGCACACCCUCUGAAAAAAGUGAUUCUAAAGCUAAGGGAGAGAAAAGGAAGGCAGAUCCAGGUUGGUUUAACGUUGAAGAACAGAAAAACACAAAUGUAUAUGUAACUGGUUUACCUCUAGACUUCACGAUAGAUGAAUUUGUAGAACUUAUGUCCAAAUAUGGCAUUAUUAUGAGAGAUCCAGAAAGUGAUGAUUUUAAAGUGAAGCUUUAUAAAGACAGUGAAGGAAACCUUAAGGGAGAUGGCCUUUGCUGUUAUCUCAAGAAAGAAUCUGUUGAGCUUGCAUUGAAGCUUUUAGAAGACUAUGAAAUACGGGGCUACAAAAUUCAUGUUGAAGUUGCAAAGUUUCAGCUGAAGGGGCAGUAUGAUGUUAGCAAAAAGAAGAAAAAGAGUAAAGAGCACAGGAAAAAGCUUUUACUACAGCAAAAGCAAUUAGAUUGGAGGCCAGAAAAGAAAUUUUCAUCAAGAUUACGCCAUGAGCGAGUUGUCAUUUUUAAGAACAUGUUUCAUCCUAAUGAUUUUGAAGAAAAUCCAUUAGACUUGGCAGAAAUACAGGAAGAUCUUCGAACAGAAUGUGAGAAGUCAGGACAAGUAAAGAAAAUUAUAAUAUUUGAUAGGCACCCAGAGGGAGUAGCAUCUGUUUCCUUUAAAGAACCAGAAGAAGCUGACUUGUGUAUAGAGGCCCUGCACGGCCGGUGGUUUGGUGGCCGUCGGAUUUCUGCUGAAACCUGGGAUGGCAUAACAGAUUACAAGGUUGAAGAAACUACAAGUGAAAGGGAGGAAAGGCUUAAAGUAUGGGAGUCUUUUCUGGAAGAAAAUCGUUCACAGACUACGAAUACUAAUACACAGAAUUCUGUUGCCACAAAUGAAGGAGUGGCUGAUGAAAAACAUUCACAAGAUACUACACCUAAUGAUAAUGAGCAUUUACAGGAUAGUACAUCCAACGAUAACAGUGAGCAAGCAGUUGCAAAAACAAAAAAGGAUGUAAACAAAAAUCAGGAUGCAAUUCGGUCAACAGACAGCAGUCCUGCAGGCAGCGAUGCUGAAUCAGAUGAGGGAGGUGAUUAAGGCCUGUCUGUGAAGGAAUGCUGCAUAUAUGUAAAUGACUAGUAAAUUAUAAACUUAAGUAGUACAUGAGCAUAUAUUUUAACAUUUUAAUGAACACUGGUUACUGGAAUUUUUUUUUCCUAAAUCUGCUGUAUAUGUUUUAUUUUUGAAAUGGUGAACAUAACAGAUAACCAGUCCUCUAGAAUAUGAGUAAAGGUUAAAAAGAGAGAGCCUUUUUAAUCUUUAUUUUAUUUCCCAAGGGAAGGCAUGUAUUGUGUGAAUGAUUGCUUAGGUGGUCAGGCCAUUUUAAAGUGCAACAUGUAACUAGAAUGUGUUGUAGAACAUGUAACUUACUGAAUAGUACAGCAGUUAGUGAAGGAUACAAAUACGAUUGCAGACUUCUAGAAGAAUAAGGUUUGUGCCCAAGUAAUUAUAUAAAGGAGUGACUGGGUGUUUAUCCUACGUAACCUUACGUCCAUGUGUUUUAUGUCUUUUUUUUGUAGUUAUUCAUGUCUUUUGAGAGAUAUGAAGGAAUGACUGGGUGUUUAUCCUUAGUAACUUUGCGUCCACCUGUUUUAUGACCCUUUUUUGCAGUCAUUUAUUUUUUUUUUUGAGAAAUGUGAGUACAUAGGAAUGCAAGUCCUUGUUAAAAAUGCUUUUCUCAACAAAAUGUGUUUAUAUUCAGUGAAGCAGUAUCACUUAUUAAUAAUAAUACAGCAGAGAUAUUAAAACAGUAGAUUGUGUUUAUUAACAAACUUUCUAAAGUUGCAUUAAUUAGCAGCCUUGCACUGACCAAGUUUGCCAUGGAAAUGCACAUUGGUGUGUAUAUUUCAUGGGCUGAGACAGUAGUUUAACUGCCUUAUGAAGGUACAGAGCAGACUGAAAAAGAAAAUGUUGCUGUCUUUCCAUUAGUCUUGAAUUCUUAAUACUCCGUUCUUCAUUGGUACUGUGUUGACGUAAUUGAACUUUUAUUACAUUUUUAUUAAACUUUUCCAGGGUAGACAGUGCACACAAUACCAAAACUCUCUUAGCAGCAUCACUGGUAGGCUUUUUUAAUCUGUUAGUGAUUUGUACUGAUAAAGGUCUUCACAGUUGGUUCUUAUCAAAAAAAUCAUGUUUCUUUUUUCCUUUUUAAAUCAAGUUCAAAAAGUAACAACUUUACUGGUGCAAAGUAUGUAUAUUUAGUUGAGUGUUCUGUGAUUAGCAGUGGAAGAUAAAAAAAAUAAUUUUAUUCUUACAGUACAUAUUAUUGUUAAUGAUAUGGUGCCAAGAGGUACCAGUCUGAUAUCUGGCUGGGAAUGUUAAACAGGAUAUAGACAGAACUAAACCUGGAGAAACGCAAAUAAGCCUUACAGUAAUUGUAAAGAACAGAUGCUAUGCAUGAAAUAACAGCAUUCCAUUUCUUUCAACUUUUUUUUUAGUCUUCUAUACACCCAGACAUCAUUUAUGCAUCAUUACUGUACCAUAAGCAAAGGAAUAAAAAAGGAAUACAUAACUACACAGCUACAGAUGAACAAAAUGUAUUCAUCCAGGACUUUCAGCCAUUUGCUGUCAAAGAACUAAAUAAAAACACUAAAGCACAGUCCUUGUGUAACCAAUAAAACCAUGUGAGCAUGAAAACUAUUAAUAAUUUGUAUCCUUGCCCAGCAUUUAACACAGGUUAGGAUACUGUACUGAAAUUUAAAAAUAUAACGAGCUUUAAUUUCCAAAUGUGUUCCAUCAAUUGUCUUGCCUUCUUUAAUGUGGGUAGUUACACUUUGCAAUACAAAAAAGGCUCAGUGUAUUUUAACUACCAUCACAACAAAACCCGAUACUCAGCUGAUUAAUUCUUUGUUUUAUUGUUGAUGUCACACAAUUGUUCGUGCACUUUUGGCUUCAACAUACAUUUAGUAUUCCCACUGUACACUAGGCCACACAAACAUAGCUGCAUAAAUUCACAGUAAUUGUAUUGCAGGAAAAUACACCCUUAUGUAUAUAUUUAAUGCCAUCAAUAUUGUCUGGCGACUAGUUACAUUAGAGCAAAUAGUGCAGUGGCCACAAGGGAAGUCUCAGUAACUUAGAAGUAUGAAAAAUACAAAUGCUUGUUUCCUGAAAAUUAUUACGAACCAAUAGAUCAUUCAACUUAUGACUUGUGGAGCUGAGAAGUGAUUAUAUGGAGCCAGAUACUCAAGACAGAGUAGCAUUUUCCUAAGAUACUACAGUGUAUAGUCAGAGCACCUAAGUUCACUAACAAUAUAUAGACUGGUACAAUGUUGUGCAAUGGAAAAAACUUGUCUGCUAUCAAUGAUUAUUGUCAAAAAAUGUGGUCUGUUUUGAUAAUCCUGCUAAGACAUGUCAGUUACUAACUCUUCCUUAUAAUCCGUUUGCAGAAUUGAGUUAAUCAUGUUUUAACUUCAGAUAAUAGCAUUGUCCUUUCUGCUACAAGUCCUUUUUUGCUCAAUUAAUUCUGUAAGAUAGUGUUCCUAGUACAUGAGGAACAUGGCAGGUUUUACUUUGUAGACAAGAUGUUUCCUUUCCAAAAAGCUUUGUCUACAUAUGCUACUCCUGAACAUUAAGUUUUAAAUCUAAAAAGGAAACAUGUUGGUUAUUCAUAUUUUACUAAAACUUAAAAUCAUUGUGAUUUAUAUUCUGAAAAAUUGUGAAAAAGAUGGUGAGUCCCACCAAAAGGUGGGCAUGUAUAUAUAUAUAUAUAUAUAUAUAUAUCAAUAUUAGGCCACAACAUUGUACUCAUUUGUAUACAUUUUUGUUCAAAAUUAACCAUAACUAGACAGUUUCACAAAUUUGAUGAGAAUUUUGAAUAAAACAAAGUCAUGUAAAGAAAAAUCUACUGUUUCACAAGUAAAUUAGAGGUGAUGAAUCACCUAGAAAAUAUGUUAAGGGCCUGUAAUCCACCAUGGUGUUUAAUAUGUGUAUACAACAUGGCAUCACCAGUUGCGACUAGAUCAUAAUCCGGGUACCACUGAAUACAGCUGAUGUUAGUAGUGCAUGUGACUGUUUCAAAAAAAAAAGGAAGUUUAAAUUCGACUACUGCAAAAAUGAGCAUAAAAGUAAACCAGUGUUCCAGUAAGCUAUUGCAACCUGAUGUGGCCUACCUUCCAAGAGGCUUAGUAGAGGGUUUUUUUGUAUUAAAAAGAUGGCACCCUAAGGUGCUGUUUAUAUUUUUUACCGUGUGGAUUACUAAAGAAACCCAACAUUGUACCUUUAUCAAGUAAUCCUUGAAAUGCUAUGAUAACAUUUUGUAGGAUCAUAGACGAUACUAGGCAAUGGAGUCUUACAGCCGUUUAGAUCCUGCCAUUACCCACCCUCAGACAAUACCUCCUUUUUCAAGGAGGGCUAGGUCAGUCAAGUCAGGGGUGAAUGUGUCUGAGUGCAGUAAACUCUCAGUUAACCGGAAUUCAAACAGCCAGAAAAUAAAAAUCGAAGAAAUACAGUACAAUUUUCAUGUAUUGCACUUUGUCCCCCACCCCGCAGAAAUAUACCUUACUUUUUUAGAGUUUUAAAAAGGAAGAUAGAAAUAAAUUUCCUCUCUCCCCAACCUAAGUCAAACCAAACAAAUAGUAUAGGGUAGAGUAUUAGUUAGGCCUGUUUUCAAUAGUAACUCUCAAGCAACCAGAAACUGCAGUUAUCUAUCACCUAGCAAUCCCCAUGGGUGUUGAGUAACCGAGAGUUUACUGUACCCAUCCUGUUAUCAAGUUCCAGUCUGAAGGAAGAUGAUGAAUCACGCUGCUUAAUAUGCAGCAGGAGGAGAGGCAUUUCCCUCUCUCGCCAUCAUUUUUUAUUUGCUGAUGAAUGCUUUAAUCCCUGGUUCUGCUAUUUGUAAGGCUGUUUGAUUUGUGGUGAUACAAGACAUCCAGGAUCACUGGAUCCCUAAUUAAAGUGAAGGGAAGGCAUAAAUCUCCCCUUAGGAGUCCGCAAGAUACUUAAUAAAGGGACAGUGCUUCCAGUCUUUACUAGUAGCUUUGAAUUUUUAAGCUAGUGAUCUUUUUAGUUAGGAACCUCAGUGAUCUGUCUGGUUGCUCAAUAUGUCAAGUGAGGUACAUCCCAAAAGGGGCACUUUAUUCAGUAACUGGCCUAAUCAAUGCUGAAUGUAAGGAGAUGCUGACCUCUCUAGAUCAGGGUGAUAUUCCUUUAGCAGCUGUCUACACUAAGAAGAAUACCGUUCUGACUACUGUCAUUACUUGUUGAUAAAGGGAGAAGGAAUUUUCAACCCAAGUUCCAAAGCCUUUAACAGUCUUAUUUUGGAGCAAGGUGUUGUCUGUUAUGGGAUAUGGGGGAGAGGCUGUCCAUCAAAUGUGACAGUAUUGCACCUUUUAGCAUUUAAUUUGAGACCACUUUUAGUACACUAUUUGAGUGUAAGUUUUAACUGAAGGGUUUGGGCAUCAGAGGUGGAUAUGACAAUGACUGCCAGUUUACAGUUUUUUGCAAACUUUUCUGAUCAGAGGUCUUGGUUCAUAUCUGGUGAUUAUAAAAAGUAAAUACCGAGCAAAGGAGCUCUCUGCUGUUGGCCCAGUGGUACACCACCAGUCAGCUUCAUACUCUUUGAUGAGGUACCUGCUACAUGCAUUGUGUGGGGUCUUUUAGCCAGUUUCCUAUCUAUCUUAUCACAGAGGGAUCUGUUUGUAAUAUGUUGAGAUUACUAACUAUGGUGGCAUGGGGGUUGGUGUCCAAUACCUUGACCAGGUCAUGGCACACCAUGUGGACAGCGUAACCACUGUCAACAACCUAUGUUACCCUUUCAGUGAAGUUAACCAGAAUCAUUAGACAGGGGAUAUCCUUGACAAAGCCAAAUUACGGCAGAUCUAGUCUUAUGAGAGCUCUAGAACAACUUUUUUAUAAACUGUAGCAUUCUAUGUCACAAUGUAAUGAAGUUAGUAUUAUCUGUUGUGUGUAGCACCACAAAUCUGCUCCAAAUACAGGAAAAAGAAAGCUUGUUAAGCAAUAUUCUGACACCUCAAAGGUGCUUAAUAAGAGUUUAAGUGCCUAAUUAGAGCUGUUAAGGUCAGGUCUCAAGAUGGGUAUUAACAUAAGACAGUGCUGCCAGGUUAAAAAUAAAAAAAAGCAAAAUGAAGUAAAACAGCUUUAAAAGAUGUUAGAUACUUUACUGUGCCACACUUAUAAACAAACAGUCUGGUAGAAUGAAGUAUGUAACAAAAAUUAAUUAGAUUUGUUCAUCGGAGGGAUAUCUCUGACUAAGUGUUUUAUCAGCUUUCAAAAGCUUUGAAUGCUUGUAGCACUUCAUGCUCCAACAUUCACCUCUCAGUCUUUGCUGUAGAGGCAAUUUUCUUGGUGUGCAUGUCUCGAACACAUAAUUUGGUUGUGAUCCUCUCUGUUGCAAUGUGUUUAAUUCAGUUAUUGUGUUUACUGAGAUUAUGGCUACCAUCCCAAAGUGUAAUCAUCAAACAUAUCCUUCAUGUAGCAGUUUCAUUUAUUAACAAACUUUUGGAGAACUAUUUGUAAAAGGAAGAAAGAAAAUUGCUUUUGCAUGAAAUAAAACAUGAUCGAACUGUA